AGUAUAUGAAGGUGCAACCUAACUUGUACACUUAUUGCUUUGAUUGGAUAUCUUAUAACGUACUUUCGUUUUUGAUUUGUUUUAGAAUUUUGAUAAAAUGAUGAAAUAUUAAUUAGUUUAUGAUAAAUAUGAUAUAUAGAUAUUGUAAUAUAUUUUUUAUACCCUUUCUAUUUUUAGUAGCUUUCCCCAAAAUGUGAUUUUCCUUGAAGAAUACUCUGAUAACUAAUUUAAAUAUAUGAAUAAGCAUAUUCUUUUAUUCACAUAUGUUAUUGGUCAUCAUAUAACACGUUAGUCUGCUGUCUGUAAGAAGAUAAUAGCAUUGUUUGUUAAGGUUAGAAAAUGUUAAUUAGCCAGGAAAUUUAGAUCAGUCGUAUAUGUAAUGUACAGUUGAUGACAAGCUAGUUGUUACAUUCUGUAGAAUACUCUAUUUGUCAAAGUCAUUCAGCAUGGCCUAUUGGAUUAUUAUCUAGUGUAUAUCAAUGUACAGCUGUGGUGAGAAAAUUGAAAAUUCAGUAGCAGAUUACCCAUCCAUAUUUUUCAGUGGUUGAUUUUAUGUAUAUACAGUAUAUUUUAUUAUAUAUAUAAAUAACAGAAUUGAUUCUAUUAACCUAUGUAUGUAUAUAAUAGCUUUUUAUUAUACGAAAUUCACAGAUGAAGAACAUUAAUUCGCUAUAUAUAAGACUUAAUCUUAUCUUUCUAAUAAUUAUGUUUGAUAUACUGUGGACAGCUAGGUUAAUAGUUUCGUUUUUUCAAAUAGAUCAACAAGUUAGAGAAGAUAUUUUGAAGAAGUUAUAAAACUUAACAUUGAAAUUUAUUGAAAAUGGCUUCUGCAAGUUCACAGAAUUAUACGUCACUUUUAAACGAACUUUUUCCGGGUCAAAUCCAGUAUACGGAAGUUAAAAGUGGUCCAGACCACGAUCCUACAUAUAAAAUUUCGCUAAAGUUACGAGGAAAAUCGUUUCAAGGAAUUGCAACAAAUAAAAAAACAGCUAGAAAGUUAUGUGCUGAACAAGCUUAUAAUCACUUUAAAAGCAAUAGUAUUAACGAAGAGAGAAGGGAUUAUCAAUUAUCUGAAGAUGUCCUAAAUCCAUCAGUAAUUCUAAAUAAAGUUACUAAAGGUACUAGAUACAGUUUAGUCGAACAAAAUGGUAAUAAUUCUACAGUGGACGUUUCAGUAGAGGGAGCUGUGUAUCGGGGUACAGGUAGCGACGAAGCAAUGGCUAGAGCAGAUGCAGCAGCUCGAGCUCUGACAACUCGAUUUCAAAUUGAAUUUGAUAGGGAAAAUAAUAAUCAAAUCCCUAAAAUUGCCUUAGCAAGUAUAAAAAAACUAUCUGGUAAAGUAGCCCCAAAAGUACUUGAAGAAAUUUACCAGAAAAGUUUAGAAGAGUACAAUAAAGAUAUUUCUAUCGAUACUGGACAUUUCAAGAGACAUUUUUUUGAUGAAACAGAACUUGGUUCGGGAUCUUUUGGAUCUGUUUCAAAGGUAAAAAGUCGUACAGAUUCACAAUUCUACGCAGUCAAGAGGGUUACUUUGCUACCUUUGAAAAAAGAAGAAAUUAUGAAGACGUCAAGAGAAGUUAUCCACCUAUCCGUCUUGAAUCAUUCAAACAUUAUUAGAUACAAUCGAGCUUGGUUUGAAAUUGGAUACAUACCAACAGGUCCAGAUCAUAUACCCUGUUUGCACCUGUAUAUUCAAACAGAAUUAUGCAAUCAUGAUUUAUCAUAUUGGAUCAAAAACAGAAAAAAUCAUCCUGAAAUUAUUAACAAUAACACUGAUGAAGUGAAAAUCAUGCACGAUGUUUUGUCAGCAUUGAGUUAUCUUUGUAAACAAAAAGUUAUUCAUCGAGAUAUCAAACCUCAAAAUAUAUUUAUUAUCGAAAGGUCAGAUUCGAAUGAACUAGUUGUAAAAUUGGGCGAUUUUGGUUUAUCUAGAGUUAAAGAUUCGAUGGCGAAGCUCACUGGUGGUAUUGGAACGCCUUUUUACUUUGCUCCAGAGGUAUUAACUGGCGACUACAGCUACCCAAGUGAUAUUUUUAGCUUUGGUUUAGUAACUCUCGAAUUAUUUGGACUUCACAAAAGCUCUGACGAAUUACGAUUAGAUGUUGGUGCACUUAGAAAUGAAAAUACACCGCCAGCUCAACUUAACCAUAAAUAUCCCCAAAUAUACGACAUCGUUAAGAAAAUGACAAAAACCUCACCAACAGAAAGACCCACUGCAGACGAAUUACUUAACAUGGGUCUUUUUGAAAACUAUUCAUCGAGGAGUUAUCAAGAUUUGGUAAAAGAAAAUGAGCAAUUAAAGGCUACUUACGUGGAUGUUGAAAGCGACGACGAUGGUAAACCUAUAUCCGAUUUUACAAAGAAAAUUCUCAUCCCGACUAAAAAAGGUGAAAUAUCAUUCACGGCAAUCGGUCGAAGUAAAAAGAUAGCUAAGCAAGCUGUUGCGAAAAAGGCAUAUCACUCACUUUUUGAAACAAAUUUCUUUUCUGAAUCUAAAAAAGAAAGAUGUCAAGAUAAAAAGGAGGAGAAAAUUGAAGAAGAAGAAGAAAAAGAAGAAGAAGAAGAAGAAAAGGAUAAUAGGAAACAAACGUCUUUUUCGGAGAAGCUAGAUUAUCAACUAAACUCUCCUAUCUUAGACAAUUAUUAUGAAAAAGUGUUCUCCGAAGAAAAGUUUAUAGGUGAAGGAGGAUUUGGCGAAGUUAAAAAGGCAAAACACAAAAUAAACGAGCAAUGGUACGCAAUAAAAGAAAUAAAAGUGACGGAUAGCAGCCCUGAAAGUAUAGAUAAGAAUAGAAGAGAAAUAUUAUUAUUAUCAAACUGCUCACAUCCAAAUAUUGUAAGAUAUUACGGUAGUUGGUACGAAACUCGUCAACACGAAACUUCAUCAUUCCCAAGUAAUAGUAGUAACAAUUUUAGUAUAUUUAUACAAAUGGAGUUAUGUGAUGGUAAUUUGGAAGACUGGAUAUAUGAUAAAUCAACAAAAUUGCUUUGUUUUAAGAGAAAAGUUAUUCACGAUAUGUUAUCAGCCGUCCAUUAUAUUCAUUCUUUAGAGAUUAUUCAUAGAGAUAUAAAACCAUGCAAUAUUUUAACUAAUAAACAAAAUGAGACAAUUGAAGUGAAACUAGGGGACUUUGGUGUAGCAAGAACGAUUGGGAAAAGGCACACAAGUAAUGUUGGUACACUGGGCUACACUGCUCCUGAAAUAGAUACUUGUGACUACGCUACUUCCGUUGAUAUAUAUAGCUUAGGGAUUGUUGCUCUAGAGGUGUUUGGAAACUUCAAAACCAAAGCAGAGUUCUAUCACUGUGGUAACUUGUUUAAGAAAACAGGAGAAUUUCCGUCAAUGUUAUUAGAAAACCAAGUAAUAUGUGAAACUAUCAAGAAAAUGACUGAUUCAAAAAAUAGGCCAACAGCAGAGGAACUCCUAAAUUCUGAUGUAUUUUCUGAAAGCAGGAAUGACGAUGUCGUGAGAUUAAUAAAUAAAAUCCAACUACAAGAUCAAAUAAUACAAGAUUUACGGCAAUUAGCAUCAGAUAAAGAUAAAAGAUUAGAAGAAUCAAAGAAAUUGUUAGAUAUACAAAAACAACAAAUUGAAGAAAUGGAGAAAUUAUUUCAAAUUAAACAUUCUAAUAAAUGA